GACCGUGAUACCAAUGAGCUGGGGCAAAAGCAGCUCUCUGCAGCCCGGCUUCGGCACGCCGGGCUUUCUGCAGCCCUUCGGGCGGCUGGAGACGGCGUUUCCUGCAGUGGCUCAGGCCAGGGACGGCCCCGGUUCAGCUGAUGCCAUUUUCCAAAACUGCCUGUCCGUAACAGGAUGCGAAACUUCCCGUGCUGAGUCCCCUGAUAAUGCCGAAGACCGGAGCAGCACUCGGUGGGAAGCCUUUGGAGCGGGAUGGGAUGGGGAGGACAUUUCCCAGCUGUGUGUUUCUGGCUGGAGGAGCCGAGACCUGAAGGUUUUCGACCGGAUCGUGAACCCUGUCAGACUUGCGCCCGAGAGAGAAUUCAUCAAAUCCCUCAUCGCCAUCGGGAAGCGCCUGGCCACCUUGCCGACCAAAGAGCAGAAGACCCAGCGGCUCAUUUCGGAGCUUGGCUUCGACCAUCACGUCGUGCGGGUCCCCCACACCCAGGCAGUCGUCCUCAACUCCAAGGACAAGGCUCCCUAUUUAAUCUACGUUGAAGUACUUGAAUGUGACAAUUUCGACACAGCGAAUGUGCCCGCUCGGAUCCCCGAGAACCGCAUCCGGAGCACGCGCUCGGCCGAGAACCUCCCCGAGUGCGGGAUCACGCACGAGCAGAGGACCAGCAGCUUCACCACUGUCCCCAACUACGACAACGACGACGAGGCUUGGUCCGUGGACGAUAUCGUGGAGCUGCAGGUGGAGCUGCCGGAGAUUCACACCAACAGCUGUGACAACAUCUCCCAGUUCUCUGUGGACAGUAUCACCAGCCAGGAGAGCCGCGAGCCCGUGUUCAUCGCUGCUGGAGAUAUCAGAGAAAAAACCACCUGCAUGGAUUACGAGGGGCUGUGCAAACGCUGGGCAGCGGAGAGGGACCCCGAGGACCCGUCCGCUGUCGCCCUGAAGGAGCCCUGGCAGGAGAAAGUCAGGAGGAUCCGGGAAGGGUCCCCCUACGGCCACCUGCCCUCCUGGCGCCUCCUUUCCGUCAUCGUCAAGUGCGGGGACGACCUCCGGCAGGAGCUGCUCGCCUUCCAGUCCAUCUGGGAACAGGAGCGUGUCCCGCUCUGGAUCAAGCCAUACAAAAUCCUCGUCAUCUCCGCCGACAGCGGCAUGAUUGAGCCCGUCGUGAAUGCUGUGUCCAUCCACCAAAUCAAGAAGCAAUCCCUGCUUUCGCUGCUGGAUUAUUUCCUGCAAGAACAUGGCAAUUACAACACCGAAUCCUUCCUGACGGCCCAGAGGAAUUUCGUGCAGAGCUGUGCCGGUUACUGCCUGGUGUGCUACCUACUGCAGGUCAAGGACAGGCACAACGGCAACAUCUUGCUGGAUGCGGACGGACACAUAAUCCACAUCGAUUUUGGGUUCAUCCUCUCCAGCUCCCCCAGGAAUCUUGGCUUCGAGACGUCUGCCUUCAAACUCACCACGGAAUUUGUGGAU